UGUUCCUUCACUCAGCACAGACUCAGACCCCUCGCCGCCGACAAUUAGGGGCAAGACUCUUUCGGUGUCAGCAAUUCUUGCCCAACCACAGCACAAGCCAGUGUCGGGGCCAUGUCUGCUGUUUCUAGCGACGCGAAAAUGCAUGAACCAUCAGCCGAAGAAGUGGAAGAGGAGUUGUUGAAGCAUCUCGAGCUCGAGUGGGGCUUGCCGCUGCAUAUCCUCAGACUGUUCGGAGAGUGGGCGAAGAAUAUCGACUUCCCGUUUGUUGGGUGCGAGCAGCGUAUCAUCCGCGACUUCUCCCCUGAAGAUUGGGUUGAUAUAAAAACACAUCUCAGGGAACACAGCUUGAAGAUCCUGAAUUACAUCUCGUUUGCCUAUGACGAAGACAAGCGUACACUAACCAUGAGAGGCACAACACCAAUACAUCAGGCUGGAGGCAAAGCUGUGGCGAAAGAGAUGAAGGUCGGGGUCAAGAAGUGGCUUUUGACUGACUCUCAAGACUUCUGGAUCGACAACAAUGAGUACGAAAUCGGAGAUAAGGGAACCCCCAUCCCGGGAACCAUGGGGACCCUUCAGUAUGAGCCGCCGUUGGAGGGUUCCCCGACUGAUAGCGUGCUUGUAGGAUCACAGAUUGUUGUUUUGCGGGUGGAGUCGUGCUUCACACAGACCUUUUCAGAUGCCAUGAAGAAGGUCCACGCAAAAGCUGUCGAGAUUUCGAAGGGAAACACUACCUAUCGCCGGUUCCUUGGGUCAUCAUCAACAUCGACGAGACCCGCCGCACCGCAGACGCAGUCCCACAGUACGACUCCCUCGACCACAAAUUCGACCAACUGCAGGGCAUUCCAAGGCCCGUUGAUGACCCGAACAUCCUCAUUGGCGGCUACGCAUAUAAGCAUGAAAUCGUUGCUGGCAUGACGACUGCCCAGAUCUUCUUGGUCAACGGUGCAUCCGAUCUCGCAUUGGUCAGAAAGGGUGUCAUGAAUGACUGGACUCCUCAGCGCUAUGUUGCUGAGGGUCUGGGGAUUCCGUUGAAGGACCGGUACGAAGGGCUUGAAGCCAACUCGCUCGAC